CCCCGUAGUGUUUCCAUCAUCGUUGCUUGGAUGGUGGAUGUGCUGAUGACAUAUGUGUAAUGACACGUCGUAGCUCAUAGCUUAUCCGUUUUUAAUUGAUAGCCACGGUGCCACAAAAGAGCUUUCUCAGUCAGGCUGGGCACUUGUGUGACAUCAUACAUCAGGGAAGGCAGCCUUCAUUGGCCCCACCCCCUCCUGCGUGAGUGACGCCCCCUGGGCCCAAUAGGAGCCUGCGGGCCGGGGACAGCCAGCCGGCAGCAUGUCGGAAGCCAUUCUCACCUUCCAAGCCCAGCUCUCGGGCGUCAUGGAGACGGUGCUGAAGACGGCCGUGUUCGAGAUCACCUGGCUGGUGGAGAGCAGCUUCCAGCAGGAAGUGGCGCGCGGGCGGCGCGAGGCGGAGGCGCUGCGGCAGAGACUGCAGGCGGCAGAGCGCCGCUGGAGAGCGGCCGAGGGGAGGGUCACCGAGGGGAGGGUCACCUGUGAGAAGUGCGGCCGGGUUUCUGCCGGGGGGUCAGAGCAUCGAGCCGGGGCCCCACCAGACGGUGCAGAGAAGGGUUGUGGCGUGAAGGAGGAAGAGGAAGUGGGCAGAACCCUGAGCAGCUGUGUGAUGGACACACCCGAUGAGGCCGCGCGCACUUUCUCCAGACCGCCAGAGACGCCCACCUGUUUGGACAGGGACAGGUUGGACCCAACACGCAAGGAGGAAGGGGGCCCUCGUCUUCAGGAAGGUCUGAAGGUCACUGUGGAGUCCAGCAGCCAUGUUUACUAUGAGGACAUGGUUUCCAAAGACUCGGCCGAGCUUUUGGAGGAACAGGGGUGCAAGGGGGGCUCGGAGGGGUGCACGGAGGAGCCUAAACUCACCGGCCUCGCCCCGGAGUACGCCGCGUACGAUCGGGCCGCCGUCAUUGGGCGAGGGGAGAGCGGCGGAGACCUGCGUGGGCGUGGCCUGUCGCCGACGGCAACCAGCGGAGAGGAGAUACAGAUAGAGAACGUGAUCAGCUUGUCCCGCCCCCAGCUCUGCUUGGCCAAUCACGUGAGGAGGAAGCUCUCGCGGAAGGCGAGGGACGUGGUGGCGAAGCCGCCGCCGCCGCAGCAGCAGCUGGAGCUGCCGCCGGCGUGUCAGAGCUCCAGCGCGGUUCGCUCGGGCGCCUCUGGGCCGCACGCCGCCGCCCUCAGCUUCCCCACGCCCAGAGACCUGAGGCCCCUGCCGGGCGUCGCCGCGGGAGACAAGCAGAUCAGCUGCGUGUACUGCGGCAAGAGCUUCAGCUACGUGAGCAGGCUGAAGAUCCACCUGCUGAAGCACACGGGGGAGAAGCCCUUCAGCUGCUCGCAGUGCGGCAAGCGCUUCACCAUCGCCCGCAACCUGGAGCGGCACCAGCACAUCCACUGGGGCGACGCCGCCUUCUGCUGCUCCCACUGCGGCAAGCGCUUCAAGCGGGCCGACCACCUGAAGGUGCACCAGCGCGUGCACACGGGCGAGCGGCCCUACUCCUGCCCCCAGUGCAGCAAGCGCUUCCGCUUCUCCGGGGACCUGAACACGCACAAGCGGGUGCACACGGGGGAGAAGCCGUACUGCUGCACGCUCUGCGGAAACCGCUUCGGCCAGCUGCGGCAGCUCAAAGCGCACCAGCGCAGCCACAAGGGCCUGGGCAGGUUCGACCCGCUGAUCAAGUUGGGGACAGAUCUUCAAGCCGUGGUGUCAGCGAUGUCGGAAGCCAUCCUGGCUUUUCACUCCCAGCUCUCCGUCGUCAUGGAGACGGUCCUGAAGGCGGCCAUGUUUGAGAUCACCAGGCUGGUGGAGGUCAGCUUCCUGGAGGAAGUGAUGCGGGGCAAACAGGAAGUGGAGGCACUGAAGCAGAGGCUGCAGCGGUCGGAGAGGAGGCUGAUGGGGCGGGACGGGGGCAGCAGAGGCCGCUGUGGGGAGUGUGGCAGAACUACAGCCCCCAGACAGGAAAGAGCACCCCCUGGGUUUGAGGAUGGGCGCGAUGUGAAGGAAGAGACGGAUGCAGAGGGAAGCCGCAGUAGCUGUGUGUGGGAAGUGCCCGAUUCCCCACCACCAGGAGUACCACAGGAAGUAGCCACGCCCACCAGAACUCCAGAUGGGGGAGCCGCAGAAAUAAUAACUAUAGAUUUGGAAGAGGAUAGGACCGACUCGCCAUACGGCACUGAGGACCUGAAAGAGGUCACCUGCCGAAGAGAUGGAGACGGUCUCCAGGGGCAACCAAGCCAACAUCAGCAAGAAACAGACGCUGUCCCGUGGGAGGAGGAGGAGGUGUGGGACCUGGGUCUCUCGGCUCAGCAGAGGGACCGAUGGGGUGCGCGGGGGGUCCCGCCCAGACUGAAGCCCCGCCCACAGCACAAGGCCCCGCCCAGCGCCGGCGCGUUUGGGCUGGAGGGGGCCGGUCCGCCUUUCGCCCCAGAACGCGCCUCUGGUCCUGCGGAGGGGGAGUCGGAGAGUGGCUCGGGGGUGGAGCGUGGCGGUAACGAGGCCAUCCCGUCUCUGGGAGGGGGGGUGAGGGUGAAAGUGGAGGCCGUCCCGGCGCAGGGCGGGUCUCUCAAACAGGAGGAGGACGUGCCGUCGGCGUGCCGGACUCGGGCCGAGCCAGCGGCCGCCCACCUGCCGCGCACGGAGUACGGCGAGGGGAGGGGCAGAACACCGCCGGCCGGGCUGCCCCGCGCGGCCACGCCCGAGGGUGACCCGAGUCCCGCCGCGCCCGGCGACGCCGAGCCCCGCCCCGACGAGCCCGCGGGGGAACAGGCCUUCUCCUGCCUGCACUGCGGGAAGAGCUUCAGCCAGCUCCGCAACCUGAAGGACCACCAGAGGUACCACACGGGCAACAAGACGCACAGCUGCGCGCACUGCGGCAAGGGCUUCGUCUACCUGUGCCACCUGAAGGUGCACCUGCAGAGCCACACGGGCGAGAGACCCUACAGCUGCGCGCAGUGCGGGAAGACCUUCACCUACCUGUGCAACCUGAAGUCCCACCAGCAGUACCACACGGGGGAGAAACCCUUCAGCUGCGCUCAGUGCGGCAAGAGCUUCCGCCACCUGAGCCACCUGAAGAAGCACCGGUUCAUGCACACUGGAGAGAGACCGUACAGGUGCGCAGACUGCGGGAAACGGUUUGCCGCAAACGGGGACCUGAAGAGACACCAGCGGAUUCACACUCGAUAGACCAGCGGAUUCACACUCGAUAGACCAGCGGAUUCACACUCGAUAGACCAGCGGUGACCAACCCUGCUCCUGGAGAUCUACCGACCUGUAGGUUUUCACUCCAACCCUAACAAAGCGCGCCUCAUUCAACAGCUACAGCAGGGCUGCCCAACCCUGCUCCUGGAGAUCUACCAUCCUGUAGGUUUUCACUCCAACCGUAACAAAGCACGCCUCAUUCAACAGCUAGAGAUCUCGCUGAGCUGCGAAUUAGUAGAGUCAGGUGCGCCAAAUUAGGGUUGAAAUGAAAACCUACAGGAUGGCAGAUCUCCAGGAACAGGGAUGGUUAUCACUGAGAUAUACUAUAAGACAGCACACUGUUUUACAUGUGAAACUUUUGAUUAUGUUUUCUCUACUUUUGCACAGAAAUGUUACCAUCAUGUAAAGAGCCCAUAUCAUACAAUAAAGAUCAAUUGGAAGAGA